CAUGACCUCCAUCAUUCACCGGAGCCAUCCCGCAAUUGCCCGCCGCCUCCCUGUCUAAUUGCUCCCGCCUAUGUCAAUACUGUAGCGGCAGAGAUUCAAAAUGGCCUCACGAUCGUUGGGCGAGCUUCUGCUCCGCCCUUCCAACUUCACACGGAUACAGCACACCUCGAGCCGGACAACACCGUCAUGGACAUGUCAACGAGCCAUUUCGAACACACCGAGAUGCCUUGCGCAACAACCACUACCGAAGAACGAUGAUAAGCACUACGUACCCGAACGGGAAGCCCAACGGCCGCAAGCCCGCUACAUUCCUGAGCGAGAGGCCGCAGCACCGCAACCUCGGCCACAGCCCACCACCCAAAGAGAUGCUACACAGACAAUCAACUCUCUCUUCGGCAGCAUGCCUCGGAACACAGGGUCUACCUCACCAACUGGUCGCGUCUUCGGCGAGGAGUUUGCGGGCUCCGGCAGCAAACGACCUGUUAGGAGGCCAGGCCUGAAUUUCGACCAAAUGGCGACGUCCGAUGGAAUGAUAAAUCCCACCCUCGCCAACAAACCCUCCGAGGCGUCACCACUCGCUGUACAACAAGAAGAGACAUUCGCCCAGUACCCGCGCUUGAACCCCUCCUAUGGACGCACCAUAGACUUGGAUGUCAACCGUGGACGUGAUAUUGUGAGGGGCAUUGGGAUGCUGGGAAGUCUGAUGGCAAGAAACAAGGUCAAGAGCGACUUCAACAAGCAAAAGUUCCACGAAAGAGGCGGACUGAAGCGGAAGCGGUUGGCAUCUGAGCGGUGGAGGGCGAGGUUCCGAAAGGGCUUCCAGGACGUCACAAACCGAGUGACGGAAUUGACGAGAAAGGGAUGGUAGAUGUGCAUGCUCUUGUUCGGUGGGUUCGGGAUGGGUUGGAAGAUCGUGUAUGUAUGAAUCGGACGUGUACAUAUUGUACUAUAACGGCAUCUUGAUAGGAAGCACUGGGUGCUUCUCG